UAGUAGGGAACUCCCUCCGAGACUUCACAAAGGAAGACUUGAGACGGGCCAAUGAGAGGGAUCAGGAUUACCAAUGGAAUGAGGGACGGUUAGAAAAACAGAAAACGGACGGAAGCGGGAUUUGGAUGCCUGUCCCACAUCCGUUCGUAAGGUAUGACGAAGUUAAGUCAGCCCACGAGGAGACUGCGGCCCAUUUCGCUAUCCGAAUCACGGAGGCGGCGAUUGAUAAAAAUGAGUGGUACUGGUCCAACAUUCACGACAACGUUAAGUUCAUCGUCCGAAAUUGUCAGCUGGUGGACGAGUUGCCCCUCGAUAUUCUGUCGAGGUGUGACGAGAAGUCGGGGACGGACGUGCUCACUCGCACACUUGCGGCAUAUCUGUUGUGGUCCACGUGUACGGAGUUGGACGGAGAUAACUGCAUUUACCCGUCCCCGAGCCUCUAUUUCGAGAUUGACGUCACCAAUCUCACACAGUGGGAUCCCUUCAUCCAGCGAGGGAACGCAAUCGAAGCCAACUACGAAGAAAAAGAAGAAGGAGAAGAGUCGGAGGAAGAAGAAUUGGGCACUAAUCAGGACGAUCCCGACUACAUUGGGUCAGAGGAAGAGGAAAGCGGAUCGGAGGAAGGCGGAGCGCAAGAGCCGAGCGUCCAUCCCCGGCGAAGCAGGGAAGAGGAGAAGGUUGAAACUCAGCGAAGGCGAGAGACAGCGGAGGGCAAGCGGUCGGUCAAAUAAUCUGAAGGACCGCCACCACAACUGCUGUUGGGCGAUCAGUGGUUGAAUCUGGAGCCGCUACGCGAGGAUUCCAAUGGAGCCGC